AUGGCGGAGUGGAGGAUACAUGUGGCGGUGGUAGCCGAGCCCUACCGGGUCCCGUCUGGGGAUGAUUGGGUGGGGGACACAGACGGGCUGGUGGCCUUAACGUCCCGGUCCGUCACAGGCUCUCCGGCCUUCGCGGACGUAGUCCGAGGUCAGGGAUACGUGGCGGCCCUCAUCGGCGACAUCUUGGUGGUCGGGGUGUACUUCUCGCCGAAUCGGAGUCUCGCCGACUUCGAGGCAUUUAUCUCUGAGAUCGGCGUCCUGAUAGGCAGAAGUCGAUCCACCCGAGUGCUCGUCGCGGGGGACCUCAACGCCAAAUCCUCGGCUUGGGGAUGCCCGACGACGGAUCCGCGGGGCCGGGAGUUGGAAGAUUGGGCGACGGAGACCGGACUCAUGGUCCUCAACCGGGGGUCGGUCAACACGUGCGUGCGGCGUCAAGGCGGCUCCAUUGUUGAUGUCGCCUUCGCCGAUGCCGUCCUGGCACGCCGUGUUUGUGCCUGGCACGUGGUCGAGGACGUGGAGACGCUUUCGGACCACCGUUACGUGAGGUUCGGCAUAUCCGCGUCCCCGUCCAACCUGAGUGGCCCAGAUCGGCCCCUGAGCGGGGAGGGUCCACGGUGGUCUUUGUCACGGAUGGACCGGGACUUUUUGGUCGAGGCCGCUCUCGUCGAGGCGUGGUUUUCUGCGCCCCGGGAGCGUGUCGACGAGGUCGGUGAAGAGGCGGCGCGAUUGGGUGCGGCCAUGGCGCGGGUUUGUGACGGGGCUAUGCCCAGGGUCCGAUCCGUCCCCUCCAGACGGCCGGUGUACUAG